UUAACACACCGCUAAAGAGAACAGCUACAGAAUUUCCGGCAACAUGGAGGCGGUGGUAGAAGACGUCGUCGCUCCGGAAGAUCUGAAGAGGUUUGAGAAAAAAUACAAAUUGGAAGUGGAAAAGGGGGCUGUAUCCAAAGACACCAAAUUUGAGUAUGCAUGGUGCUUAAUCCGAAGUAAAUCUACAAACGACAUCAACAAAGGGAUUCAGCUGUUGGAAGAGCUGGUACAGAAGAGCGCAAAGGAUGACCAGCGGGACUUUCUCUUUUAUCUGGCUGUUGCAAACUACAGACUUAAGGAAUAUGAGAAAGCUCUGAAAUAUGUUCGGGUUUUGCUUAAGAAUGAACCUGGAAAUAAGCAGGCCAUCGAUUUGGAACAGCUCAUCAAUCGGGCACUAAGAAAAGAUGGCCUGGUUGGCAUGGCUAUUGUUGGAGGCAUCGGCUUGGGCGUGGCAGGAUUAGCAGGGCUGAUUGGACUGGCUGUGGCCAAAUCUGGAAAAUCCUAACCGGGAACUUCUAAAGAGCAACCUUUAACGAAAGUUUAAUAAACAUGAAGAUUGGCUAAUGAUCAUUAAACUCCAGGAAGUGGACUGACUAAUAUAUCUUGCUUAUUAUUCGCCUUUUUUUUAUUUGCACAAAAUAUUCAUAGCUUCACUUUUACAAAAGCCUCUAAAAUGUUAUAUUUUUUCCUGCAUGUGUAUUAAAAUCUUUGGGUGAAACAUUGAAAUUAUAAGUAUUUUCUUUCACACGUUUAAUAUGUACAAGUAUAAUACCAUUUGUAAAUUGUUAUCAGGUUCUUAUUAUAACUUGAGUUAUUACACUGUAAGACCUUUAGUUCGUAAUUGUAAUGUAUAUGUAAUACAGAACUCUGUUUCCAUG